CGAAUGUCACAUUUCAAUUUAAAAAGGACAUGAGCGAGUACUAACAAAUGCUCUAAUUUUUUUCUAUUUUAAGUUAACUUGUGAGGAAUUAUUUUAAAGAAUUUUAAUUUUUGUACAGAUAAUAGGUUAACUUAAAAAUGAGCUUAGAAAUACAACAAAAACAAACCACCUCGCCAGAAGACUUGGAACAGGCAGAGAAGUUCAAAACAGAGGCAAAUGAAUACUUCAAAAAGCAAGAUUACAAUCGUGCCAUUGACCUGUAUACAAAAGCCAUAGAGAAAAAUCCAAAUUCUUCAGUUUAUUAUGCAAACAGAAGUUUUGCAUAUUUGAAGACAGAAUGCUUUGGUUAUGCUCUUGCUGAUGCCUCCAAAGCUGUAGAAUUAGAUAAGAGCUAUGUUAAGGGUUUUUAUAGGCGAGCAGCUGCCAACAUGUCCUUGGGGAAGUGGAAAGAAGCAUUAAAAGACUUUGAAUAUGUUACCAAAAUGAGACCAAAUGAUAAAGACGCUAAGCUAAAAUACAAUGAAUGCAAUAAAAUUGUAAAAAAAAUAGCAUUUGAAAAGGCGAUCUCAGUAGAUGAUAAGAAGAAAAAUAUCGCUGAUACUAUUAAUUUGGAUGCUAUGACAAUUGAAAAUGAAUAUACCGGACCAGAAUUAGAAGAUGGUAAAGUAACAUUAAAAUUUAUGAAAGAGUUGAUGGAAUUGUACAAAAAUGAAGGAAAACUACAUAGAAAAUUUGCCUAUAAAAUUCUUAUAGAUAUUAAAGCAUAUUUUAUGGCUCAGCCAUCAUUAGUGGAUGUUCCAAUAGGUGAUGAUGAUAAAUUCACUGUCUGUGGAGAUGUUCAUGGUCAGUUUUAUGAUCUAAUGAAUAUCUUCGAGUUAAAUGGGUUACCAUCAGAGAAGAACCCUUAUCUAUUCAAUGGAGAUUUCGUUGAUAGAGGAUCAUUUUCAGUUGAAUGUAUAUUUACCCUAUUUGGUUUUAAGUUGUUAUACCCUAAUCAUUUUUUUAUGUCAAGAGGUAAUCAUGAAAGUGCUACCAUGAACCAAAUGUAUGGUUUUGAUGGGGAGGUGAAAUCAAAAUAUAGUGCUCAAAUGGCCGAGCUGUUUACGGAAGUGUACAACUGGUUACCAUUAGCUCAUUGUUUGAACAAACGAGUUUUAGUAAUGCACGGUGGAUUAUUCUCACGCGAUGACGUAACCUUAGACGAAAUAAGAAAAAUUGACAGGAACAGGCAACCGCCUGAAGAGGGUCCGAUGUGCGAAUUACUCUGGUCUGACCCUCAGCCUCAAAACGGACGAGCUCCGAGCAAAAGGGGAGUAGGCUGCCAAUUCGGACCUGAUGUUACGGAAAAUUUCCUAAAGUUGAACAAAUUAGAUUAUAUAAUUAGGAGCCAUGAAGUUAAAAAUGAUGGAUACGAAGUCGCACACAACGGAAAAUGCAUUACCGUCUUUUCGGCCCCAAAUUAUUGUGAUACCAUGGGAAAUAAAGGUGCUUUUAUAACGCUGAACGGUAGGGAUAUGAUCCCUAAAUAUACUACGUAUGAAGCUGUGCCGCACCCGAAUGUAAAAGCCAUGGCCUAUGCUAGUUCAUUCUUAAGUUUAAUGUGUUAGUACCUGCUAUAAGUAGAUAAUUACUAGUUUCAUUCUCAAUCACUAAAACAAAAGAAACAAUGAUAAUUAGAAGUGUCUUAAACAAGAACUUUGAACCCCUAAGGGCAAAUAUAAAUUUUUGCUUCAGUUUUGGUUAAGUACGUAAUUAUAUCGUUAAAGUAUUUCGUUUGUUAUUUUGUUGCUAAAUAUACAUCUUUAUUGGA